CUCUUUGUACGCCUCUUCCCUGUUGGAUAGUCUCUCCGGAAGUUCUGGGAAAAUGAGAAGAGCAUGAAGUUGGAAGAAACUUGUGUCUUUAAUACCAUUUUAGAAGCAGGGCAAUAGAUUAAUACAGAGACCCCUUAGUGAGUUGAUACAUUCCAUAUUUUUAAAGAUAGCGGUAAUUAUUGUACCAAUGGGUCUGCCGACGCUGGAGUUCAGUGAUUCUUUUCUGGACAGUCCAGAGUUUCGGGAACGGUUACAAUGCCAUGAAAUAGAACUGGAGCGGACAAACAGAUUCAUAAAGGAUCUCAUUAAGGACGGGAACAUGCUCAUAUCUGCUCUGAAAAGUUUGUCCCUGGCAGUGCAGAGGUUCUCUCAAUCUCUGCAGGAGUUCCAGUUUGAGUGCAUCGGUGACACCGAGACCGACGAUGAGAUUAAUAUCGCCCAGUCUCUGAAGGAGUUCUCCCAACUUCUCAGCACCAUGGAGGAGGAGAGGAGACGACUGAUCCAGAACGCAGACGACGUGUUGAUAUCGCCACUGGAGAGGUUCAGGAAAGAGCAGAUCGGAGCUGUCAAGGAAGGGAAGAAGCAGUUUGACAAAGAGACAGAAAAGUACUACUCUGUUCUUGAGAAACAUCUCAGUCUCUCAUCCAGGAAGAAGGAAUCUCACCUACAGGAAGCGGACUCUCAGAUGGGGAAGGACAGGCAGGUGUUCUACGACGCGUCCCUGCAGUACGUCUUCAAGAUCCAAGAGGUCCAGGAGAGGAAGAAGUUUGAGUUUGUGGAGCCGCUGCUGGCCUUCCUGCAGGGUUUGUUUACCUUCUACCAUGAGGGCUAUGAGCUUGCCAAUGAGUUCCAGCCCUACAAGCAGCAGCUGCAGUUCAACCUACAAAACACGCGUAAUAACUUUGAGAGCACCAGAGCGGAGGUGGAGAGGCUGAUGAAGAGGAUCCGCUCGUCGGAGGCAGACAUGAAGGCCCCCGGCUGCUUCACCAUGGAGGGGUUCCUGUACCUGCAGGAGAAAAGAGCUCUUGGUUCCGUGUGGACCAGAUACUACUGUACGUAUGAGAAAGGUUCCAAGUUGUUCACCAUGAGCAACACAGAGACACGCCCCGCAAGUAGACAGAACGGUGUGGUGAGCCAGGGAGCUGAGAUGUUACAUCUGCGUUCGUGCGUCAGAAGGAAGAGGGAAUCCAUAGACAAACGUUUCUGCUUCGACAUUGAGGUGGUGGAGAGGCAUGGUGUGACCACACUGCAGGCCCUGUCGGAGUCCAACCGCAGGCUGUGGCUGGAGGCCAUGGACGGGAAGGAACCGAUCUAUACAUUACCCUCGCUGCUCAGCAAGAAGGAGGAGACGUUCCUCAACGAAACAGGCUUCACCUUUGUCAAAAGGUGCAUUGAGCUGGUGGAGAUGAGAGGCAUUGACAUGCUUGGACUCUACAGGACGGGAGGGGUCAACUCCAAAGUCCAGCGCUUGAUGACGACCGUAUUUGGUUCCACUGCCACUCCUGACACACAGCUGGACCCGGACCUCUGGGACAACAAGACCAUAACCAGCGGCCUGAAGAACUACAUCAGGUGUUUGGCAGAGCCUCUGAUGACCUACAAACUGCAUAAAGACUUCAUCAAAGCUGCCAAGUCAGAUGACCAGGGCUACCGCAUCAGAGCCGUCCACGCUCUGGUGUACAAGCUGCCGGAGAAGAACCGAGAGAUGCUGGACCUUCUGACGGACCACCUCCUCAAAGUCUCCACCCACAGCGUGCAGAACCUCAUGACUGUGUCCAACCUGGGCAUGAUCUUCGGUCCCACCCUGAUGAGGUCACAGGAGGAAACGGUGGCUGCCAUGAUGAACAUCAAGUUCCAGAACAUUGUGGUGGAGAUCAUGAUCGAGAAUCGCGAUAAGAUCUUCGGUGAGGUCCCGGACCCCUCAGUCCUGCUGCCCCCGGCCUCCUCGUCCUCCCGGGGGAACUCCCGGCGCAGCAGGGCCAUCUGCAUGUCCUCCGGGAAGAGGAGGCCCCGCCUCUACCCCCCCGCCCUCUGUCUGGCCGACAACGACAGCGAUACCUUCAGCAGCCCCAGCACCACGCCCCGGGGCAGCCAGGAGUCCCUCUCCUCCCACUCCUCGGAGAAGAACGGCCUGUCCAUCCCCUCUCCUCCUCUCUCCCCCUCCCACGCCCCUCCCGCCUCCUCCUCCUCCGUCUCCUCCACGUCUCCCUGCUCCCCGUCGCCGCACUCCCUCAACGGAGGAGACGCCGACCCCCACACGGACGCCGGCGCCGUCUCCGCCGCCUCCUCGGAAUGUGCUCCCUCCGGUUCACGCACCUCCUCGUCCCCCCGGCAGCCCUCCUUCUCCUCCAUCUGCUCCUCCACCUCCUCCCUCCCCCUGGCGGUGGAGAGGAGUCCGGCCUCACGGCCGAACGCCGCCACCGUCGCCGCCGCUGCUGUGGUGAAGGCCGCCAGGGCCUCCCUGGCCUCCUCCUCCUCCUCCUGCUCCAGCACCCUCCGGCGUCCCGCCGUGGAGCGUCCCGCCGUGGAGCGCACCUCCUCACUGCAGGGCAGCCCCGCCUCGACCCCCCCCGCCGCCGCCUCCAUGGUCCCCCUCCCAAGGGCCGCCUCCAACUGCUCCCUGAAGACCUCCCCGCUCGCGCCCCCGCCCUCCUGCUGCCCCACCUCCCCCGCCACCGCCUACGCCACGGCGGGGGUGCUGUCCCGACGCAGCGCGGAGGCGGCCUCCACGGCGCAGCGCAGGGCCGCGUUCCGGAGAACCUCCUCCUCCUCGUCCUCGUCCUCCUCUCUGUUCCCCUACCCUCUCUCGGCGGCCUCCUCGCUCACCUCCCUCCAGAUCUCUGAAGACUACAAGAGCUGCCAUGGCUCCGUCCAGAGCCUGAUGUCCCUGGACCCCAGGGACCGAGCGCUGCAACACAGGGCCCCUCACACCCGCAGUGGCACCGACCUCAGCUUCAGACACCCCGCCGCCACCAACGGCUACCAGAAGCCUGCUUACAUAGCUCCGCUGCGGGAAAGUGCCAUAUUUUCCUCAGCGUUCGACGUGUUCACCAGAGGAAGGGAUGCCAAGGCGCUGUACUCGUGUGAGGCAGAACACAGUCAUGAGCUCAGCUUUCCCCAGGGAGCACACUUCUCAAACGUGUGUCCUUCAGUGGAGCCGGGCUGGCUGCAGGCAACAUACAACAGCAGAACAGGCCUCAUUCCUGACAACUACAUCACGUACACCUAACUAAUGUUCCUGAGAACUACAUCACAUACUCCGAGCUGUAAUGUUCCUGAGACUUACUUCACAUACACCUAAUGGUACGGCCACACUGAACGCGUUACGUGCGCUAGAGGCGGAGAAAAUUGGAAUUUUUGCACAGGGAACCAUUGGUUUAGGCGCGUUAAAGGCGUUUUACGCACCUAAAUAACGCGGCCAACGCGGAGUUCCAAAAAUGUAAUUUUUUACGCUCCUGCGUGUGACGCUUAGCCGCGAUAGCCAAUCAGCGUUGAGCUUGACCCGACGUUACUGGCAGAGAGAUGGAGGACAGGCGCUCCGCAGCGCUCCACAGCUGAUAUGGAGCGCCUGUAGUGGGUGUCCUGACGGGAGAUCCUGGCACCGACCCGGGCUAGCAGGUCAUCGAACAUGGCCCCAGUCAACCGAAAAUACCGCUGGAACCGGCCGUCAUCCAGGCGGAGUUCCUGGAGGAGGUGGCGAAACUCAACCAGCUGUGAGCGCCUGCGGAGGAUGUCAUGCACCCAGCCAUUUUUUUUCAGAAAAUACGUUUUGGGUGGGCUCAUCUUGCUGCGUUAGGCACGUAAGGCUCGUUAGGCCCGUUGAACCAUUUUUGUGACACACAAUGAUCAAGCGGCGGGUUAGGCGUGUUGCGCGCUCAGUGUGGCCGUACCUUAACUCCUAUGUUCCUGAGAACUACAUCACAUACACCUAACUCCUAUGUUCCUGAGAACUACAUCACAUACACCUAACUCGAAUGUUCCUGAGCAAUACAUCAAAUACAUCUUUUACGUUCCCGAAAACGACGUCAUACAUAUCCAUCUCUUACAUUCCCGAGUACUAAAUCCCAUACAUUUUCCCACCUGAUGUAGGGGACCAUGGAGAUUUCAAACAGCAUAGCACAUAACGCACAAUGUUGCCUUUUAGAGAUUUUAUAUUUAUAUGACAAAUAUUUAUCAUUAGUUAUCCUGUAGAUUUGUACGAUUGUGUAACUAUGUAAUUUGGGGAUGAUGUACAUAGAGGUGAUUGCCUAAUGAUGUUUGACUGCCAUCAGUAGCAUAGUGAGCUUAACUUGAGGGACAAUAGCCUGGGCAUUAUUUCUAUCCUAACCAAUUCAAAUCCCAAACGUCAGCUCACAAGUUAUGAGUUAGUCAGUGUUUAUUUUAAAUAGUGUUUUCAUGUGUCUUUGUCAUAUAGAGUGCAUUCUCCUUUUAUCUCCUUAGAAAGCACUUUGUUUUUUAACACCUGAUGGUCAAGUUGUAGCUACAACAUCCCGUCAGUACUUUCUUAAAGGGACCUAACCUAAGAUGAGGUCUUACUGUUGUGUGUUCUCUGCACUGUAUUGGUGAAUAUUAAUCAAAUUAAUGGUAUGACUUUGUGGCCCUUUGCUUGCCCACAAUAAAAACAUAUAACUCUU